UCCAAUCUAUAUAUCAUGUGUCACGUGAUGUCAAUUCAAAUGACGUCAUAACUUAAUAGCAAACUCUUCACCGAAAGACUGCUUUUCAUGACUUUUCCCGCCAUUCGUGUCAAUGGUUUGAAUGUUGUUUUGUUUUUAUGGAUUAGUUGUGUGAUAAACAAUUGAAAUGAAGGGCAACAAACAUAAUCAAAGUAUUAGUAAAAGCAAUGGCGAUGUCGGCGACCAACAGAUAGUCGACGACCAGGAAUUGGACGAUGAAUUUGACGACGAAGAAGGAGGAAGACGUAUCGGUGAUAUCUAUAUCCCGCCCCCACCGGCAAAACCCACUUACAGCGGUGAAGACACGGGAAUCCGUUUGGUGAUCACAAACAUCGAAAAUAUUAACUUCAAGUCAUACGCCAACCGACAAGUGUUGGGACCCUUUCAUAAGAGUUUUACAUCCAUUGUAGGACCAAAUGGCAGCGGAAAAUCCAAUGUAAUUGAUUCCAUGUUAUUUGUGUUUGGAUACAGAGCUCAGAAACUUCGGUUAAAGAAGUUGAGUGGUUUGAUUCAUAGCAGUGACACUUAUCCUGAUUUGUCGUAUUGUAAAGUCAUUGUUCACUUUGCACUCAUCAACGAUAAAAUCGGAGACGACUUUGAUAUUAUUAGCGGUUCCGAGUUUACUGUGAGUCGUACGGCUAAUCGGGACAACAGUUCAUAUUAUUGUAUUGAUGACCGAAGGGUUCAGUUUAAAGAAGUUUCAAAACUACUUCAAUCGCAUGGAAUUGAUUUGCGUUACAAUCGGUUUCUUAUACUUCAAGGAGAGGUCGAACAGAUAGCUCUAAUGAAACCAAAGGCCGAUAAUGAAAAUGAGUCGGGAAUGUUGGAGUUCUUGGAAGACAUUAUUGGGACAACACGUUUAAAGGAACCAUUGAAUCAAUUAUCGCUUAAAGUAGAAGAAUAUAAUGAGAUUCGAGCGGAAAAAAUGAAUAGAGUUAAAGUGGUUGAGAAAGAACUGAAGACAUUAGAAGAUGCCAAGAAUGAGGCCAUCAAGUUCUUAGAGGCUGAGAAUGACAUCAUGUUUGAGAAGAGCAAACUUUAUCAGAUGUAUAGACACGAAGCCAACAAUGAAAAAGAUAAAGCUUUAAGUGAUUAUAAUAGAGCUAAAGAUGCUUACGAUAAAGCUAUGCAAGAAUGCAAUGAUUUAAAACAACAGAGAGAAACAUCUGAAGCGGAACAAAAUCACAUGAAAGAAGAGUUUAGUUUAAUCGUUAAAAAAUGUGAUUCUUUGAAUGAAAAGUUUAAAGAAUGUGAAGGACGUGAUGUCCAACUGAGAGGUAAAGUCAAAAAUAUCAAAUCUAAGGGUAAAACUCUGGAGAAAACCGUUGAAGAAGAUAAUAAAAAAUUAGAAGAAUUACUUAAAAUGCCCGACAAAUACAAAGAAGAUAUUGAAAAGUUGACACAAAAGAAGCAAACAUCAGAAAAUGAUUUAAAGUUAGCGGACGAGCACUUGACUGAAGUGAUGGGACAGAUCAAGGGAGACACAGAACCGCUACAGAAAAGAAAAGAUGUCAUCGAAAGAGAAUUACUUGAAUUGCAAAAAGGUGUCAACGAAUCGCGUUCUCGUAUGGAAAUUGCCAAACAAGAACUUGAUCUCUAUUUAAGUGCCGAACAAAAUGAGAAAUCAAGACUACAGCAAAUGAUGAGUAAAUUAAAUAAGAAUACCUCCGACGCUAAAGACAAACGAGAAGCUCUUCAACGCUUUGAAACUGAGAUACCUUUGGCUGAGAAUAAAUUGAAAGAGUUUACCGAUAAUAUGUCUAAACUUGAACACAAUAAAUCAAAAUUGACUGAAGACUAUAUUAAUCGUAACAAUCAUUUGCAAAGUCUAUUAAAUUCUGCGAAAGACAUGAAUUCAAGGAAUAGAGUAUUAAAUGCAUUGAUGGAACAGAAAAGAAAAGGCAAACUUAAAGGUAUUUUGGGUCGUUUGGGUGAUUUGGGUGCAGUCGAUGCCCAGUAUGAUUGCGCCGUUUCAACUGCUUGUGGUCCACUCGAUAACAUUGUUGUUGAGACCAUAGAUAACGGUACAGAAUGUAUAGAUUUUCUUAAGAAGAAUAACAUUGGAUUUGCAAAAUUUAUGGCAUUGGAUAAAAUUAGUGAAAGACUUUAUCAAAUACCAGAAUCUGAAGAUUAUCCCGAAGGAGUUUCACGUCUUUUUGAUUUAAUUAGAGUUAAUGACGAGAGAGUUAGAGUUGCUUUUUAUUUUGGAUUAAGAGAUACUUUAGUUGCAAAAGACUUAGAACAGGCUCAUAGGAUAUCGGCGCCAAAGAACAGUAACAAACGAUAUCGAGUGGUUACUCUUAAAGGAGAACUUUGUGAAACAACGGGUACUAUGUCUGGCGGUGGACGACCUUUUACCGGUAGAAUUGGAUCAUCGGUUGCCAUGACUCAAGUCGACGAACAAGAAAUCAAAGAUCUCGAAGAAGAAGUCAAUCAAUUAAAGAAUAGAAUUAAUGAAACAAACAAUAGAUUAGACGAUUUAAGAAUAGACGUCGAAAGGUUGUCUAAAGAUAUCAAAAUAAUGAAACAAAAUAAACCACAAUUUGAAAUGGAAGUCAAUCAGUUCGAUAAAAUGCAAACUGAUCUCAAACGUGCCAUCAAAGAACAAGAGGAAAAGGUUAAAAUGGCGGCACCCGAUGCCAAUCGGGUAAAAGAACUCGAAAAUAAACAUCAAACUGAAGUCAAAAAGUAUGAAAAAGAAGAACAAAAGUGUUCCAAAUUUAAUGAAGAACUCGAAGAAUUGAAUGAUAAGAUUAAGGAGAUUAUGGACAAGAAAGUAGGAACUGCUCGCAAAAAAGUGAAUGAACUUAAAAGUCAAUUGAAGAAAAUUACAACAGAUCUUAAUAAAGCUAACAGCGAUCUGAUAGCGUCUGAAAGAAAUAUUGAAAAAUGUAAAGAAAAAAUCAAAUCAUUUGAAGAAGAGAUGAACGAAGCAAUAAAUACUUUAACGACAACUAAAGAAGAACUCAAAACAUUAGAAGUAUUGGCCACAGAAGUGACGAACAAUUAUGAACAGGCGGUUAAUGAAAAAGAAGAAGCGAUUAAAAAAAUAAAAACAAUUGAAAACAAAAUAAGUAAAUUGAAGACAGAAGAGGCAAAACUGAAUAACGCAAAUGUGGACACAAAACAUGAGGUCGAACAACAAAAGAUAAAACUCGAUGAAAAAGAAGCCGAAGUCAAUUCUUAUACAUUAAAAAUCAAUGAACUUAAUCCACAUGAAAUCGAUGGCAAAUCUAGACCUUUGAUACCUGAACUAAACUCAGAAGAAAUAGAAAAUUUAAAUCCAAAUUCAUUACAAAAGAUCAUUGAAAAUCUCGACAAAGAUUUGAAGAAAAUGAAGCCAAAUAUGGCUGCCAUUGAAGAAUAUAAGAAAAAGGAGACCGUGUUUCUGGAGAGAGCUCAAGAAUUAUCGGAUAUUACAUCACAAAGAGACGCCUAUAAAGGUCAAUAUGAAGAGGUCCGAGAAAUGCGAGUCAAAGAAUUUAAAGACGGAUUUUUAACAAUUGCUCGAAAAUUGAAAGAAAUGUAUCGAAUGAUAACAAUGGGUGGCGACGCUGAACUCGAAUUCAUUGAUUCAUUGGAUCCAUUUUCCGAAGGCGUGACAUUUGCCGUCAGACCUAAUAAGAAGUCGUGGAAAAAGAUAUCCAAUUUAUCGGGAGGAGAGAAAACAUUGUCUUCAUUGGCACUUAUAUUUGCUUUACAUUAUUAUAAGCCAUCGCCGCUAUACGUUAUGGAUGAAAUUGAUGCCGCACUCGACUUCAAAAAUGUGUCGAUUGUCGCCAAUUAUAUUAAACAAAGAACAAGAAACACACAAUUUAUUAUAAUAUCGUUGCGAAACAAUAUGUAUGAAUUGGCUGAUCGUUUAGUUGGCAUUUAUAAGACAUACAAUUGUACUAAAACUGUGACAAUAAAUCCGAUUAUAAUUGAAGAGAAGCGAUCCGAUAGACGAACAGUUACCUUAUCGAGUAGUAAUACUGUGACCAAUGAAUCGACAAAUCAAGUAAUCAAUAGUCAACAACAACAACAACAACAAAUCGAACAGAACAUAACACAAGACAAUGGAAAUGAACCAAUUGUUGACAACAAUGACAAUACUAUUACUGAUAGCACUCAUUCAAAUGAUAAUUCUGUUUUUGUAAACUAA